AUGGAUGAUAUCAAGUUUCCCAAGAACUUUGUCCUAUCUCGGGACAAUAUGCAUGCGAUUUUUGACGCUUUUGGGGAUGGGCGUUCAGUGACUGAAAUUGCUGCGGAGAUGGUUCAAUCUGCUUCUUCCAAGAAGGUUAGCCGACCUCCCGCCAAAGCUUAUUCUAGAGCUUUGAAGCCGAGCGCCCGCAGCACCAAGCCAUCUAGCCGCGGUGGGUCGAGCUCAACUCUUAGGCCUGCUGAAGGGUCUAGGUCUGCCCCAGCUUCCUCGGAGGGCGUGGGAGGAACCUCUCUUCCUAUUGUGGAGCAGACCCCUACCGUUGAACAAGUAGAGCAGGAUAUUGCCCAUUCUCCUGGAGGGGUGUCAGGGGAAAAAUCUAAGUUCCCUGUUACUAAAGACAAGGAGGCCUCUGGGACAGGAAUGGAGAUCAUCCUCCUAGAUGACCAAGUCUCAGAGGUUUCUACUCAAGAUGCCCCUGCCUCUGUGAGGAUUGGAUCUGAGGGCGCUCUACCGAAGACCGGGGAUAAACGCCCAGCCCUAUCCGAAACAUCUGCUCCAUCUCCAGCUCGGAAGAAAUCCAGGGCUGCCACAGGACCUUCUCCAGCUCUUCCUCCCCUUGGGAAAAAGAAAGGUGUUCCUGCUGUGCCUUCAUUGUCUCCUUCCGGCAACGUUCUGAGUGCGUCGGACAUUACCCCCGAGUCUCCGGCCAGUGCUGCGACGGGCCUCUUUAUGGAGGUGGAUGCUCGUGAUCGCUCCCUCCAGGAGUCUGUAGACAGCCGGAUUGAGGAGGCGCGUCUGGAAGAGAACUUAUCUGCAACCAAUGACGCAAGGGGUAAUCCAGUAGCUGCUCGAGAGCAAAUCCAGUCCCUCCAGGUGGAGCUGCAUUCGGCGCUAGAGGCCCUUAAAAAGGCUGAUGAGAAGGCGGCUGAGACAUCAGGGUAUACCAAGUCUUUAGAAGCAGAGCUGUCUCAGACUCGUGAGGUUCUCAGAGUGUCUGAUGAGAGGGCAGCUGCUUUGGAGGUUCGCUGCGAAGGGGUUUUAAAGCAGCUGUCUUCUAUGACAGAGGCCCUUAGCGAAAGGGAUGAGGCCGUGAGGCAAAAAGCUGAGGUCCAGCAACAAUAUGGGGUCUUAAAGGCUGAUUUUGAAGAGCUUCAAGCUCAACUGGAGGAAGCGAAGGCUCAGAAGGAAGCAGCCCUAGCUCGGGUGGAGGUCCUUGAGCAGGAGUUGAGCACGAGCUCUGAUCGUAUCAGAGAUCUGGGUUCAUCGGCUGAGGAGUUCAACCUUCGCCAUCAGCAGCUCAACCAUGAAGUCAGGACCUUGGAGCGUAAGUGUUCAGCCCUGCUUAAGGUAGUAAAGCAUUUUGAAGACAGAUCUCAGCUGGUGCGUGAGCAGUGCAUAGCGGAAUAUCAGGAGUCGGAUGAGCUGAAAAGGAAGAUCGAGCAGGCCUGUGAGGCUCACCUCCAGGACUACAAGGACUCUUCCGAGCUUAAGGAAUUUGUGGCUGAGGCCUGCGAAGCACAUCUUAAUGAGUAUAAAGCUUCUGGUGAAAUGGGAGCGGCUAUUCUUAAGAAAGCCUUCCGCAUGUAUGUGACCGGCUAUAAUCGUGAUUGCCGGAGGAACAUACGCCGGCCAGCUAAGUCUUCUUCGGAAGAGUCCAAGCUAGAGGGGGAGGACGUGGAAGUCCUUGAGUCAGGGAAGGAUGACCCUAACUCUGAGAAGGAGGAUCUCCACCUUGAGUCAGAGAUAGCUCCUGUUGUAAACGUUGAGGGCUCUGAUCCAAGGGGUUCCGAGCUUCCUUCAGAUGUGACUGCAAGUGUAAAUAAUGUAGGCGAGGGUGUGCUUACUGAUGUAAGUCCUUUAAGGACUAUUUAUCCCCCCACUUCGUCAGAAGGAUAA